ACCCAACCCGGAAGUGUUUUCAACAUGGCAGCUUUUCUGAAGAAACUCCUCGAAAAGCCGGGGAACGAUGUUUGUGUUGAUUGUGGAGCUUCAAAGCCAGAAUGGGCCUCUCACAAUCUUGGAAUCUUCAUCUGUCAAGAAUGUUGUGGAGUCCAUCGUGGCCUGGGGACUCACAUCAGCAAAGUGAAAUCGAUCUAUCUUGAUGUAUGGGAUCAAGAACAACUUGAGGUUAUGGAAACCAAUGGCAACUUAAAAGUGAAGGCUGAAUAUGAACAAAGUGUGCCUGCUUGCUAUAGGAGACCAACAAAAAAUGAUGUAAUGGUAUUGAAAGAGCAGUGGAUCCGAGCGAAGUAUGAACGCCAAGAAUUCAAGGAUGAAUCUAAGCAGACAUAUUUAGCAAAUUAUAAAGAAGGCUUCCUGUGGAAGAAGGGCAAGGAUGACAACAAAUAUCUGAGCCGAAAGUUUGUCUUGUCCGCAACCGAUAACAACUUGAAAUAUUUUAAGAAAGAGGAUGCAAAAUUACCAAAGGCAUCAAUAUGUUUGGAUGACCUAAAUGCAACCUUUGUGCCUGAUAAAAUUGGCAACAUGAACGGAAUGCAGAUCACCUACCUCAAGGAUGGCUCAACGAGAAAUAUAUUUGUUCACACUGAGGAAGGCAAGGAUAUCAUUGAAUGGUACACGAGCAUCAGGUCAGCAAAGUUAAAUCGCCUGAAAAUAGCUUUUCCUUUAAGAGAAGAAGAAGAGCUUGUGAAACUGCUCACCGCCGAUUUCACCAUUGAAGGAUGGCUACGUAAAGCGGGACCAAGGCCCAGCGAUGCCUUCAGGAGUAGAUGGUUUACUCUUUGUAAGAGGAAGCUGAUGUACUAUGAAGAUCCUUUAGAUGCAUUUGCAAAAGGAGAAAUCUUCAUUGGCUACAAGAAUAAUGAGUUUGCUGUUCGACGUGAGACACCCCCUGGGCGUCAUGUGACUGGUUUUAGCUUCACCCUCAAAACUCCAGAGCGAGACUUUAUCUUUAGUGCUGAAAAUGAGACAGGGCAGGAGGGUUGGAUAAAUGCAUUGUCGGGUAUUAUCAAUACUCCAAUGUCCCCACAGGAUAGCAGUGAUAAAGUUAACAUGGUGCCAAAACGGCAGGGGAAGAGACAUAUACUUAAGCCUACUGUCAGCACUUGAAGCGCUAGUCUGCGGGCUGCGGUGAACAUGGUAAAAAAGAGGUCAAGUUCCCUCGGAGGAUUUGUACAGUUGAAAAUAAAGUGAGAGACUAUGUAUGGCACAGCUACUGAGGAAUAAUUCUUGUGUUCUUCAUACAUCAACAGGAUGAGUAAUUGACUUCAGCAGCUAGCUGUCAAAACAAAAGUAAAAAUGGCCCCUUUUUCUGUGAGGCAGUCCCAGUGUACUGACUAAAUCUACACUGUCACUCAAGCGCCUGGAAAAUGAACGAUUUGGAUUGCUUCAACCAGCAACUGUGAUCACAUGCGACAAAAAUCGCUCACAACAUGAAUUGGUGAUGGGAGUGACCUGUGAUCAGUAUCAAACCAGCGAUAACCGGUUUUACCCACAGACAAGAGAUAUUUUGGUCUCACACAGCAGCAAUUAUAAUUGCAGGUCAGUUUAUGAUAUUUUUUGGUAAACAGUCCUUAAGAGAAUUUAACUGUGCCGUGCAGUAUGAAUUAUAACAGGGGUCUAUUUGGGUGUUUUUAUGAAUUAGGCAAUCAGAUUAUGACUGUAUAGAUCAUAACAUUACUCUGUAGUUUGAAAUCCUGACUGUUCGUACCAAAACAAUGAACAGUGAACUUUGUUACAGGAAUGCGAGAUUACUAAAAUCAACCUAAAUAUCUUGUCCCUUGUGGCUGUAAUAACUAGAAUGCCCAAUGAUUCUAGGUAGAAAUCGAUUAGAUUGGUAAAACAUGUGUUGUGUGCUGGUGCAAGUAUUGUUAUUAUGCUGGAUUCAAUCCUGGCGAGAACUCUUUUUUGACAUUUCCAAUCAAAAUGCAGUUUUUAUCCAUUUAUGUUAACUGAUAACUGUAAUAAGUUACGACAAAUAUAACUUUUGUACUAAAUGUUCUUUUGAUACUUUCUUGUAAGAAUGUCUUCCAUUCCACUUGUAUUUCAUCGUCGAAUGAAUAUAUUAUUAUAGUCAUCACUGGCUGAUCUUCUUCCAUAUGAAAUAGUUUAUGUAUUCUGAAAUAUGUAAAGGUGCUCUUUUUGUAUGUAUGAAACCAGAAUGAAGACAGACCAAUUCUUACAAGAACCAGCGAUUCCAUAUUUUUGUAAACUGAAAUUUACUAUGUUCCAUAACAAAAUAUCUACAUGUAAUAUGCAAAGAAUGAGAUAUAUUCACUCAAUAAAACCAAAGAAAAGAC